CGAAAGGGCGUGGUUGAAAAGCCUGCAAAGUGUAUAGCCACGUGUUGCUAAUAUCUGUGUUGUGUGAAGCUAAGAAGUACCCAUGUCCCUGAACUGAGUGACUAGUGAAUCUCAACCAUUACUGAACACAGGAGAUGGCUACUCAGCAAGAGUCUCAGCCCAAGCCCGAACCUCAAUUGUACUCAGAGAAGGAACUCGUGGACAAGAUAAAGGCUCUACGAAACCCACCAUCUCCUCGCACCAAAGACGGGAUUAAUGAGUUAAUAAUGCUUGUAAAGCUACAUGAAAUGGGAAAAGGUGUUGGCUACACGACUGUGAAGCUGACACCAACACUUCUUGAACAGCUAAUGAAAGCUCUACGAAAGGAACCGUUUCCCCUCACCAAAUAUGACAAUGAUAAAUUGGAAAAGUAUGAAAAGCUACAUGAAAAAAGAAAAGUAGUCGGCUAUGCGAUUAUGGAGGAUUAUGAUCACGGUAAUGUGUUUUACUACGGUGGGAAUUGUCUGUACACAUGUUCACAUGUUGUACUUGAGCACGGGCUUGUGGUACUUGACCGCCUGAGAGUUGUCUUCAAGUGGAUAGAUCUGGACAAGGAAGAGACUGUGCAGACACACAAGUACCCACGAUGCAGCCAUUUAUUACCUUGCAAACAUAGUCACAGAGCUGGUAUUUUCAAACACAUUACCAAAGGCGGUUUAUUUCGACAAGACAAAAUAGAUGCUUUGCAGCUUCCUUCAAACCAGUUCAAAUGUAUAGCUCCUUGUACGUAUAAAGAUGAUAUGCUGUACCACAUCUACUGGGAUUUUGACUCGGAUAUACCAACAAAGAAGUUUUGCAUUUUGAAACAAACUACGAGCAGUGAACAUUUUGUUAGAGAAAAAGAUACCGGACCUUGUGUUCCAUUCAACUCUCCAGCAACAGAUGGGGCCAGUGGGUCUCCGGUCAUGGUGUAUCAAACGGUUGACGAUCCUGAAAAAGAGUUUUGUCUUCUUGGGGUUAUGAGCAGGGGAGGGAAGUACACCCAGCAAGCCAAAUCACCGGCAUCCAUUGAACAGCUUUCUAAGAUGAUACCCAUGAUUAAUAUGCUACAAGAUCAUCUGGUUAAUAAUGCGAGAACAGCUAAGAAUAUGAGAGACAGGAGUCUGUCCAUCGACGAAGACUUUAGAAAGAUGAUAAUUGAAGAGCUGACAGCAGUCAAUAAGACUAUCAAAGGCAACCUUGAGAAAAGUGGUCUGCAGGGAAUUUUCUUCGGAUCGCUACGUAUUGCAGAACCAUGA